AUCUUACAAUGUACUUUUAUUAAUACUGUCUAUAGCUGAAUCUUUUUUCCUCCCAACAACAAAUUCCGUAAAUAUUGCUCUUAACAGAUUACAUCGUGACUAAAUCCAACUUGGUGUUGCAUUAUUUCCCAUUAAGUAUCCCGUUCCGACUACAAUUAUAGCCUAACUUUGUUAUAUUUCAAAACCACAAACUGGAUCACAGCUUCUCCACCCGAAGCCACAGGCCACCCUCAGAGGCGAGCACAGCUCCACCGGGAACUAUUUUCAGUGGCACCAUAGUUUUGCUCGAUAGACUAAAGCGGAAGCUCUUUAGCAAGUAAGCCAAUCCAACGCGAGCUUGCAUCUGUCCGAAUCGCAUUCCGAUGCAGUUUCGUGGUCCCUCACCGAAUGGCAUAUAGCAGUACGGAUUCCGUUUGGCCACCUCCUCCGGGGUAAAACGAUCCGGAUCGAACUGUUCUGGAUCGGGGAAAUAUUCUGGAUCACGAUGAAUGGCGUAAAGGGGCACGACCACUGUUGAACCUUGCUUUAGUGUAACAUUAGUGCCGGGUACUUUGUAUGGUUUGGUAACAAUCCGGGUUAAGGUACUUGCUGGCGGAUACAUACGAAGUGAUUCUGAAAUCAAGAAAAAAAAAUAAUAACUUUUUUGCCACAAAUCACAAGAACGAAGCUUAACCUACCACUGAGACAGCGAUCAAUGUAAUGCAUAUCUUUGACCGCUUCGUACGUAAUCGAACCAUGUUUUUUAAUAGUUUCGAUUACAUCCUUGCGAGCCUUUUCUUGCAAUUCAGGAUUCAACGCUAGUUCAUACAAACAAAAUGACAUGGCCGUCGAUGAAGUUUCAAAACCUGCUAUGAAAAAUACAAACGCUUGCGCGGCAACCUCCUGCAAGCUUAAUCCACCAGAACCAUCAUUCGCCACCCCAUCCUCCAAAGAUUCCGCAUUUUUAAGUUUAAUCAGUAAGCUCAUAAAAUCAUUCCGCUGAAUAUUGUUUUUCUCUCGAUACUCAACAGUGCUUUUGACAGCACCCAUGAAAAACUUCGUGAUAUCCGCGUCCACGACUUUUACAUGCAGCAUUCGGGCAAGGUUACGGAAUUGUGUAGCAAAGAAAAAUUUCAAAAGCCUUCCAGGUUGAACUGCAAACACCUUCCGACCCAUCGUGCGGAACUCAGCUUCCGGAUUUUUUAAACUGUUACACUCCAACCCGAAGGCACAGGAUCCAAUCACGUCCGUAGUGAACCGAGCCAGAAUGUCCUUAAGCUCGAGUUCUUCACUUAUCCCAGCUUCACGAAAAAGUGUGUCAUGAAACUCUUCCGCCACCGCCAUUAUAGUCGGAAACAUCAUUUUCAUCUUCCCCGAUGUGAACGUAGGAGAAAGUUUGGUUCUCAUAUUUCUCCACCUUGUGCCCUCCAGAGCAACCAAAUGUCCGGUGAGGGGAUCAUCCUUUUCAUUAUUUUACAGCGCGCGGUCAUGAAAGUGCUGAAAGUCCUUCACCAGCACGCAUUUAAUCGUAUCCAAGUCCAUCAACAUUGCGACCGGAUUGAUGAAAAAGAAAACCCCUCCAAUGGGGCCACGCCCCUUCAGCUCGCGGUACAACUUUUGCAUCACUAUCGAAAUAUGCUCCGAACUGCUCAUGCCCUUAAGGUUACCGAAGGGAAACCUAGGCUUAACAAAGGCAACGCCUCUCUCCUCCCAGUAUGCGAACCGUUUGCGUAGCCAAAGCACGGCCACCACCAGCACUGAUAACACGACGUAGAGUAACAUUUCGGGCUUGUGUCUGCGCGGAAUUCCACUCGAAACUGAGAGUGAUCGGCUCCAAUUGUGAUGUUUUUAUUAGUCUACCUUGACCUGCGUUACGGCCUGAGCGCCGUUAUCAUUUACCGGCGUAGAAACCGGGAGAAAUGCGCAAUAUAGGAUGUUAUUGAUUUCGUAAAUUCGCCAUAGAAUUGAGCGAGCUCAAAAAAUAGCUAGUCAUGAAGGUAACUUUUGCUAGUCACGCCAAUUGAAUUAGAUAUCAUUGCUCGCAUAACUCAUUGAUAAGAAUGAGUUCACAUCGCACCGAAAACUUUAUAUGUAUUGUUCCGAUCAAAACAACUGCGAACCGGUCUGGACAAUUAUUUCCAAUAACAAUCACCGACAGAGAUAAGAGCACCUAUCGCACAGGGUAAAUUUGGCUUCACAUAUAAAAACCUUCAGUCUAGCUGAGAAGUGUACAACUGCGCACGCAGUUAAUAACAAACAUAAGUAUGUGGAUUUAUUUUGUGCUAGCCGCCGCCCUGCUGCCUGUCUACUGGUUCCGAGACCGGUACGCAUACUGGCAGAAGCGGGGCGUUCCCCAUCUACCGGGACGCUUUCCGUUCGGGAACUUACAAAACCUAAACAGCCAGCAUUUGUCCGCCCUGGCGAAGCGACAGUACGAACAGCUGAAGAGCCCCGGAAGAAAGUUGGGUGGAAUUUUCUUCUUCAUAAACCCGGUGGCGAUGGCACUGGAGCUGGAUUUUGUGCGCGAUGUUUUGAUUAAGGAUUUCCAGUACUUCCACGAUCGAGGUUUGUACUACAACGAGAAGGAUGACCCUCUGACGGCACAUUUGCUCUCACUGGAGGGCGCUAAGUGGAAAUAUUUGAGAAGUAAGCUCACACCGACCUUCACUUCCGGUAAGAUGAAAAUGAUGUUUCCGACUGUGACCGCCGUCGCCGAACGUUUUCAACAGUCUCUGGGAGCCGAAGCCGGUAAAAUGCAGGAGAUUGAAAUUAAAGAUUUUCUGGCCCGCUAUACGACCGAUGUUAUUGGAACGUGCGCUUUCGGAUUGGAGUGUAAUAGUUUGCAGGAUCCGCAGGCAAAGUUCCGGGUAAUGGGACGUAAAGCAUUUCCCCAGGGGUUGCUGACCUUGCUGAAGAUUUUCUUCGGUUUGAUGUUCCGAGAUGUGGCACGGUGGUUCGGAAUGCGUGUUUUGAAUAAAGAUGUGAGUGAUUUCUUCAUGGGUGCAGUUCGCGAUACCAUUGAGUAUAGAGAGACAAAUAAUGUGCGCCGAAAUGAUUUCAUGGAUUUGUUGAUAGAGUUGAAGAAUGGCGAUCCGAGUCAAGAAGACCAAUCGGAUAGGCUGACGUUCAAUCAAACGGCGGCACAGGCGUUUUUGUUCUUCGCGGCAGGAUUCGAAACUUCUUCCACGGUGAUGACGUUUUGUUUGUUUGAGUUGGCCAACAAUCAAACGUUGCAGGAUAAGGCGAGACAGAAUGUGAUUGAUGUUUUGAAAAAACACGGUUCGAUGACGUAUGAAGCGGUGCACGAUAUGAAAUAUCUUGAGAAUUGUAUUCACGAAUCCCUUCGAAAGUAUCCACCCAUAGUAAACGUAUUCCGCAAUGUCACCAAACCCUACAAGGUAGCCGAUACGGAUAUAGUGCUGGAUAAACGUUGUCAGGUCAUGAUUCCGGUGCACGCCAUCCAUCAUGAUCCUGCGUACUACCCGGAUCCCGAACGAUUCGAUCCCGAUCGAUUCGAGCCGGAACAGACUGCGCUCCGUCAUCCGAUGACUUUUAUUCCCUUUGGUGAUGGACCACGCAGCUGCAUCGGUUUGCGCUUCGGAAUGAUGCAAGCCCGAAUAGGAAUGGCACACUUACUGUUGAAGUUCCGAUUCCGGUUGGGGGCCCGAGUGUCGGUUCCACUGGAAAUAGACCCGUCGAGUUUGGUGCUCAGUCCGAAGGGAGGAAUGUGGUUAAAUGUUGAAAAAAUAUAGGGGAACGGAUAAAUCAAA